CCUCCCACAAGCUUCCCCUUCUCCUUCUCUUCUUCCCUUUGAUUAUCCCCAUCUUCUGGAAACACUCAGAGCCUUGCUCUCACUUGCCUCUCUCACCUCUCCGUGCUCCCCUCCCUCUCCUUCACAACCUCCCCCACAUCGUCAUUAUGGGUGCUCACUCCGCAACUUGGCAAGCCUACGUUGACUCCAGCCUGAUGGGCUCGGGUCAGUUCGACAAGGCCGGUGUUCUCGCCGCUGACUUCUCCGGUCUGGAGGCCGCUUCUCCCGGUUUCACCCUCUCCCAGGAGGACAUCAACUCCUUGGCCUCCGCCUUCACCUCCAGUGACAACGCUUUCGCCAAUGGUUUCUCCGUCGGCGGUGAGAAGUUCGUCUGCAUCAAGGCCGACGAGCGCAGUCUGUACGGCAAGAAGGGCAAGGAGGGCGUCAUCAUCGUCCGCGCUAGCGCUUGCACCAUGAUCGCUCACCACGGUGAGGGUACCCAGACUACCAACGCCGCCACCGUGGUCGAGAAUCUGAUUGACUACAUCAACAACCCCAAAUAAGCGGGCAUGCACAUGGGGAUCGCGAAUUGUGGAUCAAACCUGUUAUCACAUAAGAGGGGCUGUGAAGAAUAUUAAAUAAAGGAGCAUUGAAUUUUUCUUUUUCUAACUACUUUUCUAUUUACAUUUUGCGUUUGUCGAUCGUUCCGUUUUAUUGCAUGUUGUCACUUCGAGGUGGAUCGAUUCCGGGGCUUUUGCGCUCUGCGCUACUUGACUACGCUUCUAUGAGUUUGUGCCCAUGUAUUCUGGAGACAUGCCGAUCGUGGUAUGGUAUCCGACUGGGCGAUAUGUUUUAACGAAGUAGAUGCUUUUUUUCCUGGGAAUUAUACGUUCUUGUCGGGGACGUGUCAUGGAUAUUUGUGCUUCUAUUUUCUAUUAUGGAUAUUGAAUCUUGACAGUCCAGCGGUGAUCUCACAGAAGAAAUCAUCCCGUUAGAUGGAUAAUCAAAAG